GUCGGACGCUCCGCGUACUUUCACAAAGCGACGGCGCGACGCGGUACUUUCUCCAGCCAGCUGCCAGGCUUUGGGCAGACCUUCGGAAAGCGGAAUAUGAAUUUCGGCACCAUUAAAAAUCUCGCUCCUUCGACACAGUCAUUUCAACAGGUCUAACAUGGGUCUCGACUUCGACGACGCACGUCUACUGGUUCGACUCAAGUGCUAUUCCAAAGAAGACUCUCAGCCUUGACACCCUGCCGCGAGUGGAUCAAACACCAUGGGAAAGGGAAAGGAUCACGGUCUCGAGCGGCCGGCGAAGCGACAAAAGCUUGCCAGCAGUGGCGGCAGCAACUCCUCUGCUUGCGAGGGUUCCGGUAUCAAGAAAAAGCUCAAUAAGACCAAGGCCAAUGCCAAGAGCAAACGAGCGGCAGAUGGCGCGAACGCAAAGGAGCUGGAGAAGGUCGGUCCCACAACAGGGGACGCUGCUCGAAAAGUUAUCCCCCAAGCGGCGCUCCCAUGGAAGCGUGCCUCGCUACCAAACGUGGCCGCUGAUGCCGGAGGCUCGACUGACGCUGGCUUCUGGGAAACACUAUACGCCUCUGCAAAUGGCGAGGGCAGCAGCUUAGGGUCAAGAGAAAAUCCUGAUCAGAGUGGUGCAGGCUAUACGUCAGUACCUAAGAAGAGCAGGAAGCCGAAAAUGGGCAAAGAUCCCUGGGGGGGUGGGACGGAGGUCUGGCUCGGUUUGGAGGAGAUUGAUGGCGUAGAGUUGAGAUUUGAGGACGGACCUGGUGGAAAGAAAAUCGCUUUCGUAGCUACUAGAGAUCUGGCAGCAGCCUCACCGACAGAUGAGCCAUCCAAGGCUGGGAGUGUAUCGGAACACAGCAAGGUCAAGGCCAAAUCCAACGGCAGGGGCAACGCCAACACCCAGGCAGAGUCGCAACACGAAACAUACGACGAGGUCUCAAUUGCGAGUCCUGACGUUGGAAUGGUGGCUCCGAACGAUGAAGAUAUUCCAUUCGCGGAUUUCGAAAAUGCAGAUCAGCAAUCUUCUGCAAACACGGUCCGGUCGACGACGCCACCAGCGCCUGCGGAUGGUGAUGCAAAGUCAGCGUCCAAAGCAAGCGAGCAAGCAAAUAUAUACGUCUCCAAAAAGUCGGCUUCUGGAGGAGAUGUGCAGGUAGAGGAAGAUCUUGUGAAUGUGCAAUGGGCUGCUCUGGACGAGUCAGUCCCAAAUGCCAUUCCCAGGGACUUUGUCAAUCUACCCGGUUGGAAGGACAUUCCCUUGCACCCCAAGCUCAAAGCGGGUCUUGCUGCGCUGGGUUUCAAGAAGCCCACACCCAUCCAGACGAACACGAUCAGCAUUGCCAUGGCGCCUCGAGUUGACGACAAAAAGAAUGAAGAAAGUCCGAGUGACCUCUCGCAAGCCCAUGCCAGCACAUGGCGCGACAUUGUUGGUGUCGCGCAAACGGGUAGCGGUAAGACGCUAGCCUAUGCGCUGCCUAUCCUGCAUCGCCUGCUGGCGGAGCGCAGAGAAACUGGAGAAGUUGCGACGCAAGAGGGGUCACCAGGAGAAAUCAAGCCUCUAGCUGCGCUCAUCUUGACGCCCACGCGUGAAUUGGCUCUGCAAGUGUCAAAAUCAAUUUCCAGCCUGAUCUUUGCUGCAAGCAAUCCGGGCGCCAAUGCAAGUGCGCAGACCACUUCGCCGCCCUUUGCGACCCUCGCCACUGUUGUAGGCGGCAUGUCCGCGCAGAAGCAAGCUCGCCAGCUUUCCUUUAAAGGCGGAGCAGACAUCAUCGUCGCCACGCCAGGUCGACUAUGGGAGACGCUGGAAUCGAAUGAUGAGCUCGCUGAACGCGUCAAGCUCACCAGUCGAGCUCUCGUCCUUGAUGAAGCCGACCGCAUGAUGGAGGCAGGGCAUUUCGUCGAGAUGGAGCAGAUUCUGCGCAUCUUGCGUCGCCGUUGUGCGGGCGAUGGCGCUGUUCCUGUAGUCGCUGACACAGGAACUGCUGAGCCGAGCGACGGCGCGAAUGCAGACCUGCAGACGUAUAUCUUCUCGGCCACUUUUUCGUCGAUGCUGCAAGUAAAUCUGAAACGCGGAAACCGCAAGGCGCUCAAGAGGGCACUUGGCACGAACACGCUCGAUGAGCUCAUGAGCAAAAUCGACUUUCGCGACGAGGACCCCUACGUCGCGGACUUGAGCACCAAGUCGCGAGUCGCAGAGACGGUCAAAGAGUGCAAGAUCGAGUGUCUGAGUAAGGAGAAGGACCUGUACCUCUACUACUUUCUUCUUCGCUACCCCGGGCGAACCCUCAUCUUCGUCAAUUCGAUCGACAGCAUUCGACGGAUCCAGCCUAUUCUGACGCACCUGCGAGUGCAAUCUUUCCCUCUGCAUUCAAACCUCCAGCAGCGUCAACGUCUGCGCAAUCUGGACAACUUCCGCUCCGCCAAUCUCUCCUCUUCCAACUCUGGUGCUGGCAAAGGCUCAGCGGUGCUGCUCGCAACAGACAUUGCAGCUCGUGGUCUGGACAUUCCGGCCGUAGACCACGUCGUGCACUAUCAGAUCCCAAGAAGUGCGGAUACCUACGUUCAUCGCAGCGGUCGCACGGGAAGAGCAGGCAGGGCUGGUGUUAGUCUUGCUAUGGUGGACCCCGCGGAGAAGAAGCUCAUGAAGCAGGUCAUGAUGACGCUCAAGCGAAGCGACGAUCUGAAUUCACUCAAUUCACUGCCGGUGGAGUACUCACUGCUCGACCAACUGCGGGAAAGGCUCGCGUUAGCGGUGCAAAUCGACAGCAUCGAGCACAAGCAAUCCAAGGCGUCGCACGACAGCGCUUGGCUCAAGAGCCUCGCCGAUGAAGCUGGUCUUGACAUAGACAGCGACGAUCUAAGUGACGUGGAUGGUAUCCUUGGCUCAGACGUCGAGGAAGAAGGCGGCAAGAGGAAGAAAAAGCAAAACAAAGGCAAAGCUGGCGCGCUCAAGAGGGACCUUGACGGGCUGCUUCACCAGCCACUCAGCGUCCGCGGUGUUAGUCGGAAGUACAUCACGUCAGGCGGUGCAGACGAUGAGUUCGUGAAGAAUCUAUUAGAAGAUGCUCAUGUGGACAAUAUGCUCGGCGUCAAAAAAGUUGCUUUGCACGAUGCGCUGAAGGGUAAUGGCCCGCAGGCGAGCAAGCCCCAAAAGCGCAAGGGUUGAUUUUGAUAUGUACAUAUGCAAAUGACAUCGUAAAAGCUAUCCUCAC